AUGAGAAAAUAUCAAAAAGCAGCACGGGUAUGUUUAACGAUUUUCAGCGCUCUUUCUGGAUUAUUUGGUGAAGAUUACCACGAUGUCAAGAACUUAACAGAUGGAUUACUUCAAGGUUAUUCCAGGUCUAUUAUUCCAAAAAGAAACCAAAGUGAAACAAUCAAGUUAGAAAUGGAUUUUAGUCUGAAAGCUCUCAACAAAUUUAAUGUUGUAGAUGGACAUAUGACAGUUGUAACAGCUAUAGCUUUAAAGUGGAAAGACGAACUACUAUCUUGGGAUUCACAAACCAACAAAAACAUUAGUGAAUUAAAUCUUCCACUUGGCAGAAUCUGGUCACCGAAUCUCUACCUAUUGAACUGUGCUGAGCAGUUUCUUAUCUACAAAGGGGACCCAGAUACAAAGGAGGUUGAGUUCUCGAGCAAUGGGGAAGCUCGGUUGUUUUUCAUGGAAGUCUUUACCACAACAUGUACAUCAGACAUAGCUUUCUAUCCCAACGAUAUUCACCACUGCAAUAUAUAUCUAUCAACUCUUACUUCUGCAUCGAAACUUAGAAUGGGAUCUGCAAAGGUGGAUACAUUGGAUUUCGAAACUAACGGAGAAUGGAAUCUUGGAAAUACAAAGUCUGAGCAUGAAGAUGUGACUGUAACGUCAAAACUCAGUUCAUCUAGGAAUCAGAAAUCCCUUAGAUCCAGAUUGAGUGCUAGUGGGAUAAUACCCAUCUCCCUGAUAUACAGAAACCGCUUGUCCAACAUCCCCCUGCCUCAAACAAAAUAG